GGGCCGCCUGGGGAAGCGGAAGCGCGUCGCCUUCCUCUUUCCGGGGACCGUCGCGGCGGCAGCAGCGGGCCAAGAUGAAGUUCAACCCAUUUGUGACCUCAGACCGCAGCAAGAACCGCAAGCGACACUUCAACGCCCCCUCUCACAUCCGCAGGAAGAUCAUGUCCUCCCCCCUCUCCAAGGAGCUGCGGCAGAAGUACAACGUGCGCUCCAUGCCCAUCCGCAAGGACGACGAGGUCCAGGUUGUCCGUGGACACUACAAAGGGCAGCAGAUUGGCAAGGUGGUCCAGGUGUACAGAAAAAAAUACGUCAUCUACAUUGAGCGUGUGCAGCGUGAGAAGGCAAAUGGCACAACUGUCCACGUGGGGAUCCACCCCAGCAAGGUGGUGAUCACCAGGCUAAAGCUGGACAAAGACCGCAAGAAGAUCCUGGAGCGUAAAGCCAAGUCUCGCCAGGUUGGCAAGGAGAAGGGCAAGUACAAGGAAGAAACGAUUGAGAAGAUGCAGGAGUAGAUGGUUUUCUCUUUGUUACAAUUAAAGAACUGCUAAAAUUAAA